AUGCUUCGCACAUCAUUCACCAAGGUCGCCCGCCCGGCGCUCUUCUCCCGCUCGUUCGCGAUUACCUCGCGCGCCAUGGCUGCUGGUGACACCGGCGCUCCCCCCAAGACCGGCGGCCAGGGUGAUGCCUUCCAGCGCCGCGAGAAGGCCCAGGAGGACUUUGCCAUCCGCCAGCGCGAGAAGGAGAAGCUCAUCGCCCUCAGACAAAAGCUCAGGGAGCAGCAGGACCACCUCCAGAAGCUCUCUGACCACAUGUCAGUAGUCAGGCUCUAUUAUACCCUUGAACUCCCUGUACUGAUGUAUUCAAAAACAGCGACGAGAUCACCAAGGAGCAGGGUGGCGAGCACAACUAAAUAUUUAUCUACAAGGUUAAUAACCACGCGCUCUUCUCGGCUUGGCUGUCAAACUCCAAUUUGCCCAGCCACAUCAUCACUCAAUGAAAUCAUGGCACCAACCAUGAACAACAGCCAGGAAAGAAAGAGGAGAGAGAAUAGGAAGAUAAUGAGUUGA